AAAAUGGCGGCGCACAUGGUCGGAAGCACGAUGCAUGACCAACCGGCAGAACCCCCUUCGUCUGACAUUCCACAAGCAAAUAUCUCCCGGUUUAAGAACAAGCAAAAGAGAGCAGAAAUGUACCGGAAAAUGAAGGCACAGUUAAAGAAGCAAAAGUUGAAAGACAAGUCAAGAAAGAAGAUGGAGAGAAAGGCAUUAGGUGACAAGGCUCCACCCAAGAAAGCCCCGAAGACCAUUGAGAACAUGAGGGUGUAUGAUGAGACAAUGGUGGAUCCACAGGACGAAGAGGUGGCUCAUGAUGAAGAGCACGAUGAGAUGGCGUCAUACUUCAACCGUGAGACGCAACCCAAGGUCCUCAUAACUGCGUCUGAUGUAACGAGAUUUAAAUGCAAACUAUUCUGUCGACAGCUGCAGACCUGCAUCCCAAACUCGGAGGUCUUCGCUCGACGCCGCUCUGCUUUAAAGAAGGUCAUCCCGCAGGCUAUAGAGAGGGGAUUCACAGAUCUCAUCGUCAUCAACGGAGAAAAGAAAUUACCUGAUGCCAUGCUGAUAUGCCAUCUGCCUGACGGACCGACUGCACAUUUCAAACUCACCAACGUGAAACUGAGGAAGGAGAUCAAGAAAUGUGGUGAAACAACAGACCAUCUGCCGGAGCUUAUCCUGAACAACUUCAACACCAGACUAGGGCACAGCGUCGGGCGCUUGAUUGCCUCCCUCUUCCCCCACGACCCCGACUUUGUAGGACGGAGAGCCGUCACGUUCCACAACCAGAGAGAUUACAUAUUCUUCAGGCAUCACAGAUACAUCUUCAGGAAUGCAAAAAAAGUGGGUCUUCAAGAGCUUGGUCCAAGGUUCACACUCAAGCUACGCUCACUUCAAAAGGGCACAUUCGACACCAAGUUUGGCGAGUAUGAAUGGGUGCAUAAGAGACACGAAAUGGAAACAAGUCGGAGGAAAUUCUUCUUGUAGUUUCUUACAUUUUUUUUCAGCGGGUUUCAACUUCAGAAGGUCUUGAGAUUAAAAAGAAAAACACCAUCUGCGGGAACAAGUUGGUCUCUAAAUAUUUCUGAGCAUGGGCUUCAUCUGAGUACGAGCUUCAAUUGGCAGCUUGGUUUCAGCACCAGGAUUGUCAUUGUUCAAAAUCCAAGAUAUGGACACAAUGCACAGUGUACGCUUGCUUCGGACAGCUUUUGUUAUUUAAAUUCCUCUAUAAUGAAAACACAAAGAACCUAUCCAUGCGCAUGGCAGAGGCACUAAUACCUGCCCUCAGUUGUGACAUCAGUUGCAACAGGGCUACACAUUUCAAAAGUGAACCACUCACAAAGUAAAUCUUGCAGUAGUGACCGAGGGCUCUAGAAUUUGUUUUAAAAUUUCUCAAAACGUAGCAUAAAGCCACCACAACUGCUAAAAUGCAGAGCAACAAGACCCAGGGAACAUCUUGUGGGAUAUUAUAGGACGUAGUGGAGUAAUCAAUCUAUAAAUUUGUUGAACAUGUCUUCAGACACGUUCGUAAAUGUUUAAAAAUACAUUAUUACAAGCCAUGGAAUUAAAGGUUUUACAUGACAAAACGUUCAUAAAGUUCAUCUCAACAAUUAAACAGCAUGGGGCAAUUAAAGAUUGACAUUGUCAAAAUCCUUAUAGCAUAACAAACAUGUACGCCUUUGACAGUGUUAUUCCUUUAAUAAAACAUGUUCACCUUUAAAAAAAAAAAAAAAAACGAAAAUAACCAACAUUGUCCCUCUGUUUUCGUUCCAUUAAUCUCUCUCAUUAGUUAUCAUGCUCAAAGAUCACAUUUUUCCAUUAAUGACCCACAUUCUGCACAUAAUUCGCUCUACCCACAGCACACCCAUAAAAUUAUCUCUACUUUCAGUCAGCCAGCCGUUUGUUCAUUUGCUCAUCUAUCCAUCUUGUCAAGCACAUACAUGUAUCUACUCUGUCAUCCAUUACCAAUUCUUCAUAUAGACCUCAUUUACGAUGUAUAACUUAGCGUCUGUUAGACUACCUGUCUAUACCUGUCAACUCGUUCCCUUCUCGUUCAUUCAUCCACCCGUUACCGAUUCACCUAUCGGUUUGCGUCAUCCUUCAUUCUGCAUUUUAAUAAAUGAUGGACCGACAAACAAGCAUCAAAGCAAUCAGGUUAA